AUGGAAGAUAGUAGAAAGUUUGAUGGCCCAAGACCUUUUCGGAGCUUGGACUCAUGGUUCACACAUGAAGGCUUUCUAAGAAUGGUGAAGGAAGAGUGGAGGGAAUUAGGUGAUGUGCAAUUCCUAGAUAAAAUGAAAGCGCUAUCAGUAUCAGUACGGAGAUGGCAUAAACAACAAUUUGGGAAUAUAGCUGAGAAGAUAAGAAAGUUUGAGGAAGAGAUAAAGAAGGUGGAUGAUAUGGAAGUCUUCCCAACUUUGAGAUUCAGGGAUGGAUUAGUCAACUGUCUGGAGAGGGAGGAAGCUAAAGCACUAGAGGUGAUGCCAUCAGUAGAGGAAGUGAAAGAGGCAGUAUGGGACUGCGAAUCUUCUAAGGCUCCAAGGAGUGAUAGAUACAACAUAAAUUUUAUAAAAAAGUGUUGGAGUGAGAUUGGAUCGAAAUUCACUACAGAUGUGAUGAGCUUUUUUGAAACUGCAAGACUACCAGCAGAUUCCAAUGUCACAUGGGUAGCGUUGGUUCGAAAAUUCGUUGGGGCAAAAGAGAUAAAAGACCUCAAACCUAUCAACAUGUUAAAACUGAAAAGAAAGGCAUCAUUGAUUAUCAAACUAUAUUUCCACAAAGCCUAUGAUAGAGUUAAAUGGUGCUUCGUCGAUACUGUGUUAGAGAAGACGGGAUUCGGUAGUACAUGGAGGACAUUGGUCAAGGAGUGUAUUAGGUCGGCAUCUAUCUCUAUUCUGGUUAAUGGGUUACCAAUAAAAGCUUUCAAAAUGGAGAGAGAACUUUGUCAAGGCGACUCAUUAUCGCCAUUUUUGUUUGUUUUGGUGGUGGAUGUGCUCAACAGAAUGAUCGGGGAGGCGGUAAGGAACGGUCAAAUAUCUCCACUUUUAGUCGGUUGGGAUGAUAUUGAGUUAUCACACUUACAAUUUGUGGAUGGCACACUAUUAUUUUGUCCGCCUGAGGAGGAGACAGUGAGAAAUUAUAAGAGACUUCUGAGGUGCUUCGAGAUUAUGUCGGGAUUGAGCAUUAACUUUGAGAAGUUUAGGUGGAUACCAGUGAAUUACAGUCAGGAGUGGACUAGUCGGAUGUGUCAGAUGCUUGGUUGCUAG